AUGAUAUUAGAUUAUAUAAAUAAAAUUACCUCACUUCUGUCAGAACCAAAGAAAAACAAGAAUGUAGUUGUGCAAAAUGAUUUUAUACCUUAUUUACAUCAAAUAGAUAAUUUUUUUCAGUUAAAAUGUUCUAAAACUAAAUUUUUUAUAGAAAAUAGCUUUAAUUUCGAAGAAACAUUUAAGCACGGUGGAGUGGUAAGUUUCACAAAGGAAUUUGUCGAAUACGGUUGCAUUGAGGACAUGAGGCAGAUAGCUUUUAUAGUCAAGAGUAAAAGCAAUUGGAAUGUUAUUUUACCAAACAAUCUACUUGCUCUAUUUAAAAAAAGAUUAGAUAAAAUGAAGUUAACUUCUGAUGAAAAUAGAAAAUUACGUGAUUUGCUAGAAUUGUUAAACAAGGUUAAUUUUUUACCUGAUUUGAUUGAUCAGAAUUUUAUUAGUUAUGUUGAAAGAUCUAAUAUAAAGAUUUAUCGUCAUUUUAUUUUAAUAGGAAAAGAUAAUCAAGUAAAUGUCGGUAUGCCACUACAACAAGCAAGAUCCUUUUUAAAUAAACUUUGA